GGAGUAGUAGGACUGGCUACCCUUCAUCUGUCUGCUCUAGGCGGAGCUGAAGUUAACGAGAGCGGCCGCGGGAGCUCAACACGAUCCGCGGGGCGAUAAUCAUCCACACCGGGAGAAAUGCGUUAAUUUACUCGAGCAGACCCUGACCCGCGAUCAGUUUACCGACCAUCAUCGACUGAGAGUCACUGCGGUGUUUAUCAAAGGCCUCUGUCGCUUUGGAUCGGACUCAAUGUCGCUCCUGUUCAGUCGCUUGAACCAACCGAUUUGUUUGACGCGUUCUGCCCUAGAUUGACUUCAUUUCAGAUACAUUAUGCAGGAAUAAAAUAAGAUAAAGCCGGGAAAUGUUGGGCAUGUCGCCAGCUCGUGAAGCUAAACAUCGACUAAAGCGGACUGACACGAAGAAACCUGACCCAUAUUGAGAGACUGCUCGAGCGUCUGGACCAGAACCAAAUAGAUCGAAACUAAAUCUUGUUUAUAAACGCUGAUAACAACCGAGACGUGAUCACAGAAAUUUUGAGCCCUCUCUUAAAAAGGCUGAAGACACGCGAGGAAGUGGAUCACACACAUUGCAUGAAGUGUAGGCUAAGUUAAUCGCUCAAACUCCGAACCAGCAUGGAGAAUAUUUGUUUAUUAUCUAUUUAUAAAAGCACACAGAAACCCAAAGGCAUCUAAAAUCAUGCAUUGCCUCCAAACCUAUAACUGCACGUCUCAUUUCGGACGAUUCCCUCCGAGCAUAUGAGCUUGAACUUCGUUCGAUAGAGAAGAGGGGGAAAAAGGAAAUCUACUGGAACUUUUUUUUUUUGGAGCUGAACCCAUCCAGAAGCAUCAGGACUAUCAUCAGGAUGAAAGUGCGGAUCCUAAACCGAGCAUCAGUACUGUCACUGGGGCUGUGCUCAAUGCUUCUGCUCGGUGCUGUGGCUGCUGCUCAGAGUGAGGAGAGAGAGCGGGAGUGUGCUUUUAAUGACCAGCACCAGCAGGUGGAUGAACAGAGUGUGGCUGGUGACUGGCACAUCACCAGAGAAAAUAACACCAUCCUGUGUAGCAAAAGCAGCCGCUGCUACGGCCUGUGGGAGAAAACACAUGACGGCGAGAUCCGACUGGUCAAACAAGGCUGUUGGACUUACAUUGGCGACCAGCAGGACUGCCAUGACGACCGUUGUGUGGUUACCACCACGCCGUCGCAGAUACAGAACGGCACCUACAGAUUCUGCUGCUGCAGCACUAACAUGUGCAACGUCAACUUCACAGAGAACUGGGUGCCUAGCCCCACAAAGACCAGCCCCCAAGAUCAACAGCCUUUACACAGAGAUGAGGCCAUCUUCAUCGCCCUCGCGUCUGUCUCCAUAGUAGCAGUCCUGAUUGUGGCGCUGUUCUUCGGCUAUCGCAUGAUGAUGGGCGAGUGUAAACAGGGCCUGCACAAUAUGGACAUGAUAGAGGCCGCACCAUCAGAACCGUCUCUGGAUUUAGACAGUUUAAAACUUCUCGAAUUGAUUGGUCGAGGGCGCUAUGGCUCUGUCUACAAAGGAUCGCUUGAUGAACGCCCAGUUGCUGUAAAAGUUUUUACCUAUGCCAACCGGCAAAACUUUGUGAAUGAGCGCUCCAUCUACCGAAUCCCUCUUCUGGAGCAUGAGAACAUUGCUCGUUUUAUCGUUGGCGAUGAGCGUCUCACGGCAGAUGGCCGGAUGGAGUACCUGCUGGUCAUGGAGUACUACCCUCAUGGCUCUCUGUGUCGGUACCUGAGUCUGCACACGUUGGACUGGGUGAGCUGCUGUCGUCUGUCACAUUCGCUCACGAGAGGACUGGCCUACCUGCACACUGAGCUCCUGAGAGGAGAUGUAUAUAAACCUGCCGUGUCACACCGGGAUCUAAACAGCCGUAAUGUUCUGGUGAAGAAUGAUGGCACGAGUGUGAUUAGCGAUUUUGGUCUGUCCAUGAAACUGACAGGGAAUCGCCUCGUACGGCCUGGUGAAGAGGAAAACGCCGCCAUCAGUGAGGUUGGCACCAUCCGCUACAUGGCGCCGGAAGUGCUGGAGGGAGCGGUGAACCUCAGGGACUGCGAGUCGGCUUUGAAACAGGUGGACAUGUAUGCCAUCGGCCUCAUCUACUGGGAGACCUUCAUGAGGUGCACUGAUCUUUUUCCAGGGGAGGCAGUGCCAGAAUACCAGAUGGCCUUCCAGGCCGAGGCGGGGAACCACCCCUCCUUUGAGGACAUGCAGGUGCUGGUGUCCAGAGAGAAACAGAGGCCGAAGUUCCCAGAAGCCUGGAAGGAGAACAGCCUGGCUGUGCGCUCUCUAAAGGAGACUAUGGAGGAUUGCUGGGAUCAGGACGCAGAGGCUCGCCUGACAGCCCAGUGUGCAGAGGAGCGUAUGGCAGAACUGCUCCUGAUCUGGGAAAGGAACAAACCUGUCAGCCCCACCAUCAAUCCCAUGAGCACAGCACUGCAGAACGAGAGGAAUCUCACCCACAGUCGCAGGGCUCCCAAAGUGGGCUCUUAUCCAGAUUACUCUUCAUCCUCUUACAUCGAGGAUCAUGAGGGCAUGGUGAAGAACCUCCCAGGUGACGUCUCCACGUCUGGCACUUCCUCUGUGGGGGGCAUGGCCGUGAGCGGCAUUAGCAGUGGCGUGACAGCGACAGGAGAGAAGAACAGAAACUCCAUCAACUAUGAGAGACAGCAGGCUCAGGCACAAGCUCGGCUGCCCAGCCCGGAGACCAGCGGCACGAGCCUGUCCACCACGACCACUACGACGGGCUUCACGCCAACCACCAUUAUGACCACCAUCUCUGAAUCAGGCCACUCGGAGGAAGCAGGAGCUGGAGGAAUUGUACCAGUGUGCCUGCAGCUCACAGAGGAAGACUUGGAGACUACCAAACUGGACCCCAAAGAGGUGGACAAGAACCUGAAAGAAAGCUCUGAUGAGAACCUGAUGGAGCAUUCGCAGAAGCAGUUCAGCGCUCCCGACCCGCUCAGCUCGGGCAGCUCCAGCCUCUUGUACCCACUGAUCAAACUCGCCGUGGAAGUGACCGGAGGGUCCGCGGCCAGUGGUCAGGCUGAUUUCGGCGUGGGCAGCAGUGGAAUGGCUGACGCUCCUGCAGCCAUGUUCCCACUCCCCAAACAGCAGAAUCUCCCCAAGCGGCCCACCAGCCUACCCCUCAACACCAAAAAUCCUAGCAGGGAGUCCUCUUCGUCACGCUUGAAGUUCGGCAAGCACAAGUCCAACCUGAAGCAGGUGGAGACGGGCGUAGCCAAGAUGAACGCUGUAGUGGCCGUCGAGCCACACUUGGUCACCGUCACUAACAAUGGUCCCAGUGUCCGUAGUGGCGUCGGAGUGGUUGCUGUUAACGGAUAUGGUGGGUGCAACGGCGCCGGUUCCUCUGAUGCGUUUGGAAACACAAACCCAGCCGGGCCACAGGGUGAGGGGGUUGCCCCUCUGCUCCAGAGCCAGCUGAGUGGAGAAGACAGCCGUCUCAACAUCAACAUCAACUCCAGCCCCGACGAACACGAGCCACUGCUGAGGAGAGAGCAGCCGUCCGCGCGCGAUCAUUCCAGCCGCACCAACUCAAAUAACAACAACAGCAACAUCCACACGACUCAUGCCUCUGCCACGGUUCGUACGUUAGCUCCUGCAGAUGCCCAGAUGGAGACUUUAACCUGCUCUCUUGGGGCACUAGACGGAAGGGCUGAUGGGGUUCCACUGAGGCAGCCUAAACCCAGGAGACCUGAGCGGCCAAACUCACUGGACCUGUCAGCCACUUCCCAGGAUUCAUCUUCCUUAGAUGAGGUCGUGUCACAAGAGGGAAAAGCUGGAUCGGCCGAGAAGAUAAAGAAGCGUGUGAAGACACCUUAUUCUUUGAAAAGGUGGCGUCCUUCCACUUGGGUCGUCUCUACAGAAACGCUGGAUGGAGAGGUCAACAACAACGGGCACAGCCAGCAGACGGGGAUGGCAGUGUCUGGAGGCGGCCACCCAAGUUCUGGCCAAUCAAAAUCCAGCAUCGCUGUGUUCCUGGUCAGCAGCGGAACCGCGACUGCCGCUCUAACCUCCGACCCGCCAGAAAUGACCUGCCUGUGAACUCGCACCUCCGCUUUUCCUCUGAGGACGAGCCCAGGUCAGACUUUGAACACAGGAGGGGUUUGUGUAUGCUAUUGUGCUCCAAGACCUGAUCCAGCUGAUGACGAAAAGAACAAUUUUUGGAAAGCAGACUCUUGACGGGACGUAAUUUGGCAAGCACUUAACGUUGUCGAACUUCUCCAACUUGUUUUGAAGAAAUCGCUUUAAACCGAACCCAGCUAUGCAGCAACAUUGGCAUAAAAUGCUUCCAUUUGUUUUUGUCGUUUCAUUUUCAAUCAAGUAUGAUUUGUUUUUACAGUUGUUCUUUCAUUUGUUGCACUUUUUUGUAAGUAAUCUUAAUCACGGAUCCUCCGACCAGACUGGUCUUAAAACUGAAAAAAACGCAAACGACAAUUUGUUGAUUUAACAAUCAUGGUAGAUUGGACGAAACUAAAAUCAUGUCCAUUUAAAAAAAGGCAGUGGUCUUUAAGACAGGGUUGACUGCAUCUUUAAAAACGUUUAACCCAUAGUACAUCCAUAUGUUUUGUAUUUGUUGUACGUAUCUAUGUACUCAGUUUUGUAUCAUAUUUUGAAAUGUGCAAUAGACUUUAGCUUUGAGGUGCUCCAUAAGACAAUUUAAUUUUGCUAUGUGUUUUGCCGCAUUCUUGUCUUUAGUUUAGUGUUUCGAAGCGCUGCACUUAGCAGUGGCAAUCCUGUGUUCAUUCGGCCACCACGACUGCGUUUGAGAAACAUCGAAACAUCGCACAAAUGACAAUCCCACACCUUUUCACCAAUCCCAUCAUUCUUGAAAAGGGAAGUAAACUGAAAAUAUUGGGGUGUUUGCUUCAAGUACUGGAAGUUCAUAAUGGAUGACUUCUCACAAGCUUCAAGGAGGACAGUAGUUGUUUUUUUGUCUGUUACACUACAAGUCAGGCAUCAACCUGGACUUUCUGCUGGAAGUCAUACUCUCUGAAAACACUGAAUAAUCAAGUCCCUCUCUGCACACGCUCGGUGCAGUUUUACCUCUGUGAGAGUGUAUGUAAAUGUGUAUGUAUGGGUCUAUUUCUGCUUAGCGGAGCUCCUCAAAUCACUGCUAACAAGGCAUCAGUCAAAUGAGACUUUCCACUUCCCAUUGCUGCCAGGACAGUGGACGUGGCUCUGUGUGCUUCAGAAAGCGAACACACACAUACAUACGCCAUGAACAAAAUAUAUACAGCAUGUACAGACUGAAGCUCACAGCUAGCUACUUUAGUUCGGUUUUAGCUUCUGUUAAAGAUAAGCUCAAGUGACAUUAUAGUGUACAAUAAGAAAUCAUGAUUUUAUCCUUUUUUUUUUAAGUGUUUAAUUUAUGUAGUAGCCACGCUCUUGGUUCAUUGUUCUCAUGAAGUUUAAUCAGUAAGUUGUUUAUAAUCAUGUAAAAUUAUCUUAUUUGAAUGAUACUUUCAAUCAAAUACAUUGGAAACAUGUAGUUUCUUUUA